AGUGAUUUGUAGUGUUGGCUCUUAGAAAUCAAGUAGGCUUGUGUCUCUUCAUUCAAUAAAUUCCCUGUGAGUGCUCAAGCAACAUAUUUAGCUCGUUUUCGCACAAUGUCCGACUUGGAAGUGGAACAACCUCAGAUGCAAUCGCAGACGCCACGACAACAACAACAACGUCGACGCCAGCCGCGUUGUGAGAAUGCUUGUGGUGAUGGCCAAGAUAAGUUGUUGUUAACGGCGACAGCAACAAUGUCCUGCCCUUUGGUGCAUGGCAUCGAUGAUAAUUGGACAUGGAGUAAGCGCUAUCGAUCCAAAGAGGUCGUUCUCAGUGGCCCCAACUUCCGAACCGUACACUUUCAUCCCAAUUGGAGCAAAGGUACCGCCGGCAUCCAAGGCAAACGACCCCUAAACAAUGGACGCUACUAUUGGGAGUUACAUGUCUCCCAACGUGUCUUCGGCACCUCCAUUAUGUUUGGCAUUGGUACCAAAAAUUGUCGCCUCCAUGCCAAUGCUUUUCGCAAUAUGCUCGGCGAGAAUGAACACGGUUGGGGUCUCUCACACAAAGGCGUUCUCUGGCACAAGGGCGUGGCUCUUUUAUAUACGAAACGAUUUCGUGAAAAUCAUCCCACGCAAAUUGGUGUGCUCUAUGAUGGCAUUGAGGGCACCUUGACCUACUACAAGGAUGGCAAAUGCUUGGGCGUAGCUUUUAGAGGCUUGGACAAGGUGGAGGAGCCGCUUUAUCCCAUCGUCUGCUCAACAGCUGCCAAAACGGAGAUGACUCUAAAAUGUGCACGUAGAGAGUUUGUUAAUCUUCAAGAUCGUUGUCGGGCCGUGAUAAUGCGAAGAAUACGUACUGCUGCCGAUCUGGAGAAACUCAAGUUACCGUUGCCAAUUAGCGAAUAUCUUGGAGAGGUGAUUGAUGAUAUGGAGCCACUGCGUCAGUAUAUGGUAUUCUAUGUACAUUAUAGGUAGGUGAUUACGAGAUCUGCAUGAUGAAUUAUGACUAAGAAGUUUAAGACGUCCCGUGAAACUGAGUUUUGUGCCAUAGUUUGGGGGCAAACUGAAGUAACAUAUUUAAGGGAAGAACGAUUAUAAAAUGAAUUCAAUUGUAAAUUUCAAGUAGCUGUGCAUUUUGGAUGUAUGAAAUGUAUUUGUUCUUGCAAUUCAUUAUUACAAUAAUACAUUACUCUAGGUAACCCUAACAGUUGCCGUAUUGAAA